AGGACACAUCACAUUCUAAAUUAGUGACAGAAUCUCCCAAGCUGUUCUUAUAUAAAGAAACUCUUAACAUUCUCAAUUUCCAGCCAAGUCUCUCUAUCUUUCUCUCUCUCACAGACACACACACAACCAGGAAAAAUAUGGCAAGAACCCUUAGCAUUGCUGUACUGUCCCUCUUCCUGAUGCUCCUUCUACUACCAGAAAACCAUGCGACGAUUACGGAGGCUCCGUCGCCACAACCCCAGGCUGCUCCAGGCAAUCUCCCCUCGUAUGGCGCCAGAGAAGGCAGUCUGAAGCCCCAAGAGUGCGGACCGAGGUGCACGGGGAGGUGCUCGAAGACGCAGUACAAGAAGCCAUGCAUGUUCUUCUGCCAAAAAUGCUGCGCCAAGUGCUUGUGUGUGCCUCCAGGCACCUACGGCAACAAGCAACUCUGCCCUUGCUACAACAACUGGAAGACCAAGCGCGGCGGCCCCAAAUGCCCCUGAUCUCUCUUCCCUUUUCAAUCUCAUUUACGGCAAUCGCACGAGCCCAUUUGACGCCGCACGGUAACCGUGUUGUGAAGUGUUGUAGGUCCUUGACUGGUUGGGACAGCUCUCUCGGAAGCUGCUGCGAGAACUAUUGUGGAGGAGCUGUCUACUGUAUUAUUUCUACUUUUUUUAUGUCACUCUCCCGGUUGAUUCCGUGGGGUUUAUUUUUUUACUACUUUUAAUAUAUCAGAGUGGUCAUUCAAUCUC